AUGAGUUCGCACCCUGCCGCAUGCCUUGCCGCUGCGAAAGCCUUCGCAAGUGGCAUCAACUCGGUUUCCAUGGAUUUCAUUCGCGAGAAUGCAGCUGGCAUCAUGCAAAGGGCACCUAUCAAAUAUGUCCGAGAAGCCACGCUUCGUGGAAAUCUUUUCGCGACCGAUGAUAGCAGCGGUGCUAUCUCGUCAGUGUACACUGACUUCUUUGUUGAUCACGGAGAGCCUCUUGAGGCAUUACGCUGGGUCCGAGAAGGACUGAAUUGGCCACUUGGUGAAUUGCUUGAUGGGCACGAAUUCCUAUUGAUGCUUGAGAUCCGUCUUCGAAGUCGAUCCAGAUCUCGGUCUGCUUCGCAAGCUGGUCGUUGA